AUGGAGGCGAUGAACCCUUACCUGUCCUAUCCCCCCAUCCAAGAAGCCAUCCAACAACACAACCCCUACCACCCAGGCCGUGAUCUCCUCAUCCUAGGCAUCUGGAACAACAUCCUCGCCAGCCAAUUCCCCGUCACUCACGGCUUUCUCAUCACUCCCCGCGAACAUGGCUGGAACAACGAGCGUGACCUCUGGUUCGACCUCCAAGUCCAGCAUGUCAGCAGCAGCAUCCACAUGGCCUUUCUAGUUGUCAUCUGCCGCACAGCCUCCCAGGCAACUAACGGCCAUGAGGGGAUCCAGGACUGGAUUGACCAUCUGGAGAUGUACCUGGAUAUGAUCUUUGGUCCGCGUCGUCGAGGGGGUCACCCGGUGAGAGUGUUUGGGGGCAUUGUGUAUCGGAGAACAGUCGCUUUUUACAGCAAGGUAGUUGGGGGAGAUUCGUCUUUGACAAUCAUGCCCGAGCAUAUUGAUAUGAACAAGGCGGAGUUUGAUAUUUUGGAAGAUCAGGAGAUUAUUCAGGAGGUGCUGACUAGUAUGAAUCCUCUGCGUUGA